UCUUGCUUUCCGUUGACGGACUAUGAUGUCAUCACUAGGGGACGGUGUUGUCAGUACUUGAAAUGUGUGAAACGAUUGUUUUCUUUUCUUAUUUCAUUGUACAUUUGUAACUGAUAGCUUGUUACUUCCGAAACAUAAGAUGGCUGACUACUGGAAGUCACAGCCCAGGAAAUUCUGUCAAUACUGCAAAUGCUGGAUCGCGGACAACAAGCCUAGCAUUGAGUUUCACGAAAGAGGGAAGAAUCAUAAAGAAAAUGUGGCUGCCAAAAUUUCAGAGAUUAAAAAGAAGAGUAUUGAGAAGGCAAAGCAAGAGGAGCGUAUGUCAAAAGAGUUUGCAGCAAUGGAGGAGGCUGCACUGAAGGCAUAUCAGGAAGAUCUGAAGAGGAUGGAAAGGGAAUCAGGGUCAGGUUCACAAGCUCAAACAACAACAAUAACACCACCACCACCAAUAAGAAAGCCACAGGUCCAACCUCAGAAACAGCCUCAGGCUAAAAAAAAGCACAAGCAAGCAGAGAAGAAAGACAAGAAGCCCAGAGAGCAAACAGAAGCACAGGUCUGGGUUAAAGGAAAGACAGAUGAUGGCCAUGUGUACUAUUACAACACAAUAACUGGAGAAUCUCAAUGGGAAAAUCCAGAGGGGUUUCAGGAGGGGAGCUCUUCCUCACAAUAUGGAAACACAGAGAGCUCCUCAGGAUGUGCUUGGAUGGAAGCAGUCAGUCCUGAGGGUUAUACUUAUUACUACAACACAGAGACUGGAGAAUCCAGCUGGGAGAAGCCAGCAGACUUUCCUUCUGAUGAAACCAGUGGGUUGAACACAGACGAGGAGAGUCAGGAGGAGCCUUCAACCGCCCAAGCAGAGCCACUUUCAGGAGAAGAAGAGAACUCGAAUGGAGCCCAGGCACCUCAGGAAGUCACAGCCACUGAACAAGACACCCAGCAACCCAAAGUCCCAAAGAUCAGCUUUAGGAAAAGAAAAGCAGAGGUCGAACCCUCAGUGGAAGAGGGAGAGGAUAAAGCAGGUGAUGGUUGUCUGAAAGAAGACACUGAAGAGCAGAAAAAGGAAGAAGAGAUCCAAACCACAACAGCUGAGCCUGACGUGAAAAAAGAAGAAGAAAAGCCAGUACAGAUACAAGCCAAGAGACCAAAAGCAGCCAAUCCAUAUGGAGCCUGGGAACAAAUCCAGGAGGAGGAAGAUCCAUAUGUGAAGGUGGACUUACAGUUGCCACAGGUUGAGGGAGCUGAAGCCACAGCUCAAGCAGAACUUCCACCAGAGCCAAAACACAAGUUCAAAGAACGCGUCAUUACCUCCCUUGGUGACGAAGGUGGCUCUGCUUCAUUCAGAAAAAACAAGACACAGAAUGGGAAAUCCAGAAGCCUCCGACAGAGAGACAAUGAUGACUGAUAUGUACUUCAUGUCAGAGAUGUGGACAAUGAGACUUUUACACAAGUUUGCCCUUUCUGAAGCAUAUUUGUCAUUUAGUUGCACCAUUAAAAUGUUAAAGUUUAUUAGGA